ACGGCAUACCGAGCACAUCGCACGUCGUCACCCUUAUCACACUACACCGUAUCAGUGUUGUUAUCAUCGUCGUCGUGAAAACUACUAGUGUCACUAUAUAUUAUUUUCGUUAUUAUUAUAUAAUAUCACCGUUCGUUAUCAAUCGUGUUAUUUACUUCCGGAUCCGAACAAUACAUAAAAUGGCUUAUCUAUCAAACAGCUUCGACUUCGAACACAUGCAAAACUCGACCAACUGGGAAGCCGUCCAUAAGAAACGGUCUUUCGUCGCAAGAAAGAUGCACAAAAUCAACAAGACUAUCAAACCGAUACUGAGAGCGUUGUGCCGCCGAAAUGCAGUUACCCCGGCCGCCCAGCAGGACGGUUCGGCUCUGGACCCACGGGGUCUAUCACCCGAAGAACUGGAGAACCUUCAAAACGAAUACAUCGAACGCAAGCUAUCACAGGCUGUCGUGUACGAUGAAGACGACUAUUACUCGGACACGAUCAGCAUCGAGUCCGGACUUGGCAUGUCAUUCGAGGAACUCGUCCGGCCAGCCGAUCGCAGACAACUCGUAUCCUUGUUGCCGGAAGCCGGAUACUACAUGUCUCGYGAUUUCUGGUUCGAAUCGGACUCCCGCACCGCCGGUCGACCAUCAUUCACCAGCCAACAGACGCCCCAGAGACAGCAGCCCUGCAGGUACUAAUAAUGCACCAAGUUGCUAUCGUCCGUCGGUCUACGCCGACCCGUCUCGUCCGUCCGCCCCCGAAAGUCUUUCGCCAUUUGCUCAAAACUCGUUUCUAUAUAUUGUACUAACAUGUAUAUAAUGUGUGUUUGCGUUCGUGUGUAAUUUUUAUUUAUUUAUUUUUUUAAUUUUAUAUUUUUGUGGUAUCUAUUUUACUGGGAUCUCUAAACAGUGUAAACCAUUUUUACCACCUGUAAACGUGUUCGUAUAAUAAUAUAUUAUAUAUUGAUCGCACUAUUGAUCAUAUAUCGAUCAGCCAAUAUAUAGUAUUUAUAUAUACAUAUUAUAUUAUAUUAGUAGAUUUAAAUUAUGUUUAUAUGAAAGAUAUUUUAUCGUCUUGCGAUUCUUUACUGAUUAUGAUUAUAAUUUAUAUUAUUUUUUUUUAUAUAUAUAUACUUAAGACCUAACAAAUAUAUUUUUAUUUUUGUUUAAAAAAAAAUAUUUGUACAAUAAUGUAUUACGAAUUUGUAUGUAUAUAAAACGCUGUCGUAUGCAUUAUUACGAUAUAUUUGUGAUAAAUAAUUGUUUUUUUCAACAGCGAUUCUGUGAUUCAAUUUUAACAGCUGCAGUUAUCUACAACUAACUGUGGUUAUUGACUGAUAAUGUUUAUAUUAUACUAUAUUGUGUUCCUUUGUUAUAAAUAAAAUUGAGAAAAUUAAUUGAUUUUAAA